AUAAGCUAUUUAUCGAGACAAAAGCUAGCAGUUUAACGUAUAUGCACACGUGCAAUUUCUGUAAGAGUAAUUAAACAAUCAGCAUAUGGAAACCUUAUCGGUUUCGUGUGUCGUGCUUGUCUCGAUGGAGAGAGGUGUUUUCGAUUAGUAGAUAUUAAAAUGGACAUAAAGUGUUUUGCAGCUAUAUGAAUCGACUGUCAUAAGUUCACUACUAGUCAGUCAGUAAACGAUUAAACAUUCUAGCCGUGCAUCGCAUGUUAGAAAGCACGAUCGUUAGCUAACCUAUAUAUCUUUGGAGUGUGUCUUAAAUUCAUUGAUGGUUUGCUGCUUGGUAAAACCUAACUUUUAACGACUUACGCAAAGCAAAUUAGUCACUGCUGUACAGCGAAAUAACAGCUCGUUCCAAAAAGUGGAAAUGCAUGUGGCAGUAGCCAUGGAAAGCGUUUCAAAUCAUUUGGGCUCAAACUGCCAAUGUAGGGCUAUUUUGGUGCAAUAAGUAAGGGGAAUGGCUGAGACGGCCGAAAGCAAGAAAGAAGAGGCGGAUUACAAGAGGGUCCACAGCUUCCCUUUGAUCAGGCACACGGACAUGCCUGAGGAGAUGAGAGUGGAGACCAUGGAGCUGUGUGUCACAGCUUGUGAGAAGUUUGCCACCAACAAUGAGAGUGCAGCGAAGAUGAUCAAGGAGUCGAUGGAUAAGAAGUUCGGAAGCUCGUGGCACGUGGUGAUUGGGGAGGGCUUCGGGUUCGAGAUCACACACGAAGUCAAGAAUCUGCUGUACAUGUUCUUUGGAGGCAGUCUGGCCGUGUGUGUGUGGAAGUGCUCCUAGCGAGGUGUCUGUCUGUGUGUGUGUGUGUGUGUGUGUGUGUGUGUGUGUGUGUGUGUGUGUGUGUGUGUGUGCGCGCGCGUGCGUGUGUGUGUGCGUGUGUGUGUUCAUGCACGCGUGGAAGUGCUCCUAGCGAUGUGUGUGUGUGUGUGUGCGCGUGUGUGUGUGUGCAUGCACGCGUGGAAGUGCUCCUAGCGAGGUCUUCUGCUGACCUGUGUGUGUGUGUCUGUCUGUCAGUCAGUCAGUGUGAGUGUCAGUGUAAGUGUGUGGGGCUCUGCUCCUCGACUCCAGCCUCUCUAUACCGUUACGUCCUGCUCUGACCUGCCUGUCUGUGUUAGAUCAGAUCAGGCUUGUUUUGCAGAAAUGCCUCACACCCAGUGUUUCCUGCUGCAUUUCGCUGCUCUCAGAGAAACCGCGUCUGAAUCCUCACCACUCUCUUCUGUUGGCCUCCCAUCCUUCCUCUUAAACGCCAUUUUAGAAAUUCACCUCACAUUUCCUCUCACUUUCUGGGAGGGGAAAAAAAAUGUUUAUCUCUAUGAGCUGUCUUGGCCAUCUGUCAACAAAACACUCACAUCUCUGUUCUUCCCUUCCUCCCUCUCUGUCUGUCUCGUAAGUCCUUUUUUAACUACACUAGUAUAAGUAUUUUGUAAUUCUACUGUUCAUUGUGUAAAUAGUUUGCAACUGUAAAGACUUGAAACUGAUUUUUGUAUAACACGUCCUCAUAUUGAAUAUUGAAGUGCUGAUGGUGAUGGUGGAUUGUUCCGAUACAUCCCAAGGGCUCAGUCACUCUUUAACUUGAAGGAAUAUUUCUGCAAUGUUAGCCAAAUUUUAAAUCUGAAAUAAGGUUUUUGUCAUAAAAUGUUUUAUGGGUGGUAUUUGUAUUAUUGAGAAAAUAAUUGUUGUUAUGACUAUUAAUAAGAUUUUUUUUUUUUUUGGUGUUGAAAAUCUGUGCAGCGCGAGUAUAGGUGACCUAGUUAAUUGCAUAAUAAAAUCCAAAUUCGACAGGAAAA